GCUUGUGUAACAGGUACGCCAGGCCCAGGCAUGUGAAAGGGCCAUCAGACUGGGUGCAUAAAGGAUUUGGCCCACAAAGGGGCCUAGACAUUGAAGCAUGGUCGCUGUCAGUCGCUCUGGCCAGUACUGGGUUAAAACGCUUAUCGCUUCAAUAAUUAGCAAGAGCACGUUGCAAGGGGUCCGUAGAUCCUAGAGCCCUUAAGUUCCUUGUACUCACGAGGGAUCCCAAUGACAUGGACAUGGACAAAAACGAUCAUCCCCAUCUUUAAGGCAACCUGUGAAUCACGGAAUCCUCUACUUUGGUGUGCAAGCGCUGUCAAAGCAGACUGACUAUGAAACACCAAUCUUGACUGGGUGUUUCUGAUGAGCACCAUAGGAAUGACAGCUUGAUCGUGAUACUGUGGCAAAUAGUGCACGCCUGGUCGCAGGGGUUUCACCCCUGCUGCCCAGCUCAUGCUGGAUUCUUCCUCAGAGGUUGUUGCUCGCAGCCCGACCUGGGUGCAUCUGCGGAAGGUUGGAGCAGCGGGCCGCCACCCCUCAGAUCUCUUCUCAGGUGGUGACGAGAAGGAGGAAGAGGCACCUGGCGUGGAGGCUGCCGGCGUGGCUGCGGGGGCGCCUGGCAGUGGGGCCAUGGCCAGCCUGAGCGGCAAGGGGGAGGCGGGGGUGGCGGCCACGCGCGCCGCCCGGUGGCAGUGGGCCGUCCUCGCGGCGGUGGCGCUCCUCAUGCUCAAGACUAUCCAUGACUCCACUGCCCUUCUGGAGCCAGCCACGCGCAACACCUUCCUCUUUGAGGUCUUCCUCUACUACAACCCGCUCGUCACCGUCGCGUACAUGGUGGCACUGUGGGGGGUCAACUUGUGGGCGUUUGCGCACUCGCGCGUCAGCUACCCCAAAGUCUUCAACAUCGAUCCCGCCAGCCACCUCACACAGCAUGAUCUGUGGAAGAUUGCGGCCUGGCUGGGCGUGGCGGUGCUGUCCAGCGCCGCUGCCUUUUUGUACUGCUUCACGCACGGCGCCCCGCGUGCGGCUGCGGCCCAGCCCAUGCUGCUGUAUGCGGCGCUGCCGCUGGUCCUGGCGCUGCCGUUCGACGUGCUGUACGCGCCGUCGCGCUUCUUCUUCCUCACCACGCUCGGCCGCAUGCUGCUGCCGCUGCAGCCCAUCAGCUUCCCCGACUUCUUUGUGGCCGACGUCCUCACGUCCAUGUCCAAGGUCCUCUCCGACCUCGAGCGCGCCACCUGCCGCAUGCUCAACGGCCAGGUGGCGAGCCUGCUGUGGCUGGGCCCAGACGACGUGUGCGGGGGCCACGCAAUGGCCAUCCCCUGCGUGCUCGCGCUGCCUUACGCCUGCCGCUUCUUCCAAUGCUGCCGCCAGUACAGCGACACCAGGGAGAAGAAUUGCCUCUUGAACGCGCUCAAGUACGCGACGGCGUUCCCGGUGAUCCUGUUCUCGGGCAUCAAGUACCGCGUGCCGCUGGAGGAGUGGCGCGGCUUCUGGAAGCCGCUGUGGAUUGUGGCGGCCGUGGUCAACAGCAGCUACAGCUUCUACUGGGACAUCGCGCGCGACUGGGACCUCACCGCCUUUUCGCCCGCCGCCUGCCACGGCCGCCACCCGCUGCUGCGGGCCAACCUGUACUACCCGCAUAAAUGGGUGUACUACUGGGCCAUGGUGACCGACGGCGUGCUGCGCGCCAGCUGGACGUACAAGCUGAGCGCGCACCUGCGGCACAACCACCUCACCGUCUUCUUCUUCUCGGCCCUAGAGAUCACCCGACGGUUCCAAUGGAUUUUCUUCCGGGUAGAAACGGAGUGGUGCCGCAUGCUGCUCAAGGCGGAGCAGCGGGACAGCGCACUGAACCUGCAAGCCCUGGCAGGCGGGGGCCGGGACGAGGAAGCAGAGCAACUGCUGCCACGAGAACAGAGCAAAGACAGAGUCUGACAGGUGCAUUCUUUACUGAUAGAUUGAAGCGCUACACCGUUGGGUAUGUAGGAUGGAACGAGACCAAUUGCCUCUCCUCAUUGUGGAUUAACAGAGGCCCAAAACCGAAGACCAUGCCGGACGGAGGUUUGAGAGGAAUAAUUACACAUAAC